AUGAAGUACUCAAUCAUCGCUACUGCCUUCACUGUUUCAUCCGUUUUGGCCGGUAAGGGUCCAAAAGACCACAAGUCAGCACCAACUGUCACUGUCUAUGCUACUGAAACCACCCACAAGUAUGGUAGAUUCAACAAGACUCCUCACCCAACUACCACCACUGUCAUUGUUUCACCAUCUGAAUGGACUAGUUUGAAGGAUGCUUCAUCCAAGGUUAGAAACAACCACAGGAGAGAUGAAAUUUUCACUGCUAUCAAGAGAGACAACGGUACCGCUGGUGGUGCUUCCAACUCUACUGGUGGUGCUUCUAACUCUACUGGCGGCGGUGCUUCUAACUCAACCGGUGGUGGUGCUUCUAACUCCACUGGCGGUGGUGAAAGUAAUGCUGGUAUGACCGCUUCUGGUGCUUCAUUCGCCAUUGCUGGUGCCGUUGCUGCUGGUUGCGCUUUGUUGAUGUAA